AUGUCCCACAAGGCAAAGGCAAAAGCCGCUGGCAUCAGCGCGACCUCUUUCUUCGACCUCAAAGCCGAACUUUCAAAGCAAGAGGCAGAAUUCUCCAAGUCCAAAGCUGCAGGAAAGGCAGCAGCAGUUGUGGGGGGAAUAAAGAGACCAGACAAGAAACCGACUGUGUGGGGACGUCAGAACAAGGGCGUGAAAUCCAGGGCUCAGAGGGACAUUGAGCUGGAAGCAGUCAGCAGGCCCACUCUCGAAUCAGCUCGUGCGGCGUUGGAACGCAAAGCAAAGAUAUACGACAAACUCAAGAAGGGCAAGACCGGAGGAUUAACUGAUAGUCAGUACGACGCCCUGCUUGUUGAUUUUGACUCAAAACCGGUCUCUGAGUUCUUUGAACCCGAUAGUGACGAUGAAGAUGAAUCUCUGGCUGUCCCAGGACCAAGCGUAGACGAGGAUGAUCCCAUUAUUGAAUACGAAGACGAGUUUGGUCGUCUUAGGACGGCACCCCGCUCGGAGGUACCUCGUCACUUGCUCAAUACUGAAGGCCCACAUGUGGACAUUGAUGAGGAACUUAUCAUUCGCAACCCUGUCAAUUACUUCCCUGUAUAUGAGCCGUCAGCUGAACGCAUUGCUGAAAUCGAGAAGAUCCAUUCCGAGGAAAACAACCCCUUGAACAUCCAUUACGAUGCUGCGCGAGAGGUCCGAGCGAAGGGGGCCGGAUUCUAUCAGUUUUCCGCUGAUGAGCAGACGCGACGUGCUCAAAUGGAAGAAAUGAAAGCUGCGAGGGAGGAAACUGAAAAAUCUCGGCGAGAAAUGGGUGCGGUGGAUCUCAAGCCAGGAGAAGUCGAGGGGAUGAGGGAGGGUGAUGACGCUGCCGGAACUGCCUCGAUACAAAGCAGGGCGAUGGAAAAGCGUAAAAGGGACAUUGAAGAAAGGAGGAAGGCAUUGGAAUCAAAGAGGAAGAAAGUCAAGCUUUCUGAUGAAGACGGCACACAUAUUCUACCUGCACAACCAGUGCACGCCGAUCCGUUUGCCGCUUUCGAAGCGAAGCAGACUAAGACACCUAAGCCCGCGACAGAAGCAGAAGAAUUCCUGGCUCAAUUGGAAAAGAAUAUACUCGGAAAAAGUACAUAA